UCAGUACACACCACUUCGCUGCUGUCCAGCGGAACAGGGAGCAAACACAGAUUCAACCAUGGAUCUUGUGCUGAAUAUUGCUGACUACUACAUCCUUACCCCGUAUGUGUACCCCGCAUCGUGGCCUGAGGACGGCGCCCUGCGGCAGAUCAUCAGCCUUUUGGUGCUGACGAACCUCGGGGCUGCAGUGCUGUAUCUGGGCCUCGGAGCCAUCGCCUACUUUUUCAUCUUCGACCACAAUCUGAUGAAACACCCACAUUUCUUAGAGAAUCAGGUCCAGAGGGAGAUCAAAUAUGCGAUGACCUCUCUUCCCUGGAUCAGCAUUCCCACAGUGGCUCUGUUUUUCGCUGAAGUUCGAGGGUACAGCAAACUGUAUGACAAUGUCAGUGACUCCCCUCUAGGUUGGCCCGGCCUGUUCCUAAGCAUGAUCUCCUUCCUGUUUUUCACCGACAUGUGUAUCUACUGGAUCCAUCGGUUUCUGCAUCAUAAGCUUAUAUACAAGUUUUUCCACAAACCACACCACCUGUGGAAGAUCCCGACCCCCUUCGCCAGCCACGCCUUCCAUCCAGUGGACGGCUUCAUGCAGGGUCUCCCGUACCACAUCUACCCGUUCCUCUUCCCCCUCCACAAGGUGCUUUACCUUGCCCUCUACAUCUUUGUCAACAUCUGGACCAUCUCUAUCCACGACGGAGACUACCGUGUCCCCAGUAGCCUGACCAGCAUCAUUAACGGCUCCGCCCACCACACCGACCAUCACCUCUUCUUCGACUACAACUACGGACAGUACUUCACUCUGUGGGACCGCCUGGGGGGCUCCUACCGGUACCCGUCUGCUCUGAUGGGAAAGGGUCCCCAUGAUCUGAUCCGGAAACUUAAAGCAGAGGGAAAGUUAGGCGAUGACGGAGUGAAGGCUAAUGGGCAGGUGAAUGGACACGCUCAGAGAUGUAAGGAGGAGUAGGAGGGAUUAAUUCUUAAAGUGUUUUUAUUUUCAUAAGGACAAUGAGCUACACAAAUCCUUAGCUGGUAAACAUGUCAGAACAUAACUUCAACUUUUUGCCAAAUAAGCUGUUUUGAGAUGUUAAAUACUAGGAAAUGUAUCAAGAAGGCUCCCCUUAAAUCCAGGACUAGCUGUGGGAUUAACCAUGCCAAUAGAUACAGAGCAGAUGCAUCUGGAGUUGGUGUUUUUGUUUUGCAGUGCCCACUUUUGCAGAAUUGAAUGAUACAGUCAAUUUUUGACUAUUCCAUAGAACAGAAUUUAGGUUAAAAAACUGUUGUGCAAACUUAAGCUGGAUUCAUACCCCUAGAGUGGGGGCAGAAAUCAGGUUUGGGCCCUUCAGUGAUAUAAAUGUACAGCACAGGUAGCCAGGUAAAAUGUUACACCUCACAAACUUGCUGAUUUAUUUGAGUCACUCAAAUAAUUUCAAACAUUUUUUUUAAGUUAAGGAUUCAAAAUCUGUUUUAUUCAGUUAUGCUCUCUAAACCAAACCAUUAAAGCUGAUGCUAACAGUCUGAAGUUAUGCUGCAGAACAGACAAACUUAGACCAAUCCCCCCAGACAUUUAUGAAGAUUUUUCAUUUCUGUAUUUACUUCAGAAAGUUGUCUGCUUGUUUGCAUCUUCUUCCUCAUGAGAUCUCAUUAUAUGUAAGAUCAAAUGAUUUGGUAUUUGCUCUGUGUGAUGCAUGAGUUCAUCUUGAUAAUACUUUAUCUGAUGAUGAGUCUUACACCACUAUUUUUAUGUCCAGUAGGAUGUGCGUAUUUUAUAUUAGAAAGAAAAAAACAUCUGUUUUGGUCCUCGUGUGUGUGAUGAAACCCAAUCUGUUAGGAUGUCUAGGAUGUUACAUUUUUAAAUAUUAUUGUUCAGGCCAGACCUCAGAAACAACAAAGCCAAGAGAUGUGUGGAGCAUUUAAAAGCUGCUAUACUAAGAGCAGGGGUACAAGAUGAGCGUACAAGAUGAUUGUAAUCAAGUAAAAGUACAGUUACUUUGAUUAAAAGUAACUCAAUCGAAAGUAAAAUUACAGGUCAAAAAUCUACUCAAGUAAAAGUGAAUCAUUACCAUUUUAAAGUUUCUUUAAAGUUCUGAGUAGUUGCUUUCAUACAGUAGAACGUGAUCUUCCCUUCCUUAGCGGGAUUUCUCCUGAUAUCUAAUAUUUUUAUAUUUCCAAACUCAUUUAACCGAUAUACAAGCACCUUUUUUCAAAUAAAAUAAAAUAAACCCACCAAGUUUCUCCAGGGCAAACAGAGGCUGAGUCAAGCUGAGCUGAGAGAGAAAUGGCUUUAUGUUUGUUUUUAGUUCAAAAUGUUCAGGACUCAUGGUGGGCUUCUUGAGUAUGUGGGGCAAAAGGCAAGAGGAAAAAUUAGAAACAGGACAAAAAUGUAAACAAAAUAAAAUGAACUCGAGUCCCUUCAGUGCAUCCAUACUCCAUUCAUAAUUGUUGCAUGGGUCUCAAAACAUAAAAUACAUUUCUAUUAAGCAAAAGAGUAGAUCAAGGGUUGUAUUCAAUCCCUCGUUUCACUAGAAGCAAUGUUUUUCCAUUUAUAUCAUGUUGAGCUGCUUUAUUGGAGUUUCUGACAUGUUUUUUUUUUUUACCUUAUUUGCUUCUACUGUUAUUUUCAACAAAGGCAAGGUUCAGAUAUAUUCUUGACUGUGCUUUGAAAAUCAACAUUUGUGGGGGCAAUCUGCCUCCAGGCAACCCAACGUAAUGUUUACAAGAAGACAAUUAUUAAGCUGCUUGAGCCAAUCUUGGACAAUAGUCCACAGAUAUGCAGCAUCUGGAUAUUUUUUUCUAGAGAUGAUGAUGAUGGUGGUUGUGAAAGUGUAUGUAUCUGUUAUUGUUUUGGUGCACAGACUGGCAAACUUGCUGACACAGAAAGUUUAGGUAGCAUUAAUCUCCGGAGACCCUGUGUCCACAUAGAGUUAUAGGUGUGCUUUGAAAUUUUUAGAAUUUCAGAAAUUGCUCUGGUUGAUUUAAGUUUCGGUGCUGCACGGUGGUGCAGGGGUUAACGCUGUUGCCUCACAGCAAGAAGGUCCCUGGUUCGCUUCCCAGUCAGAGCCUUUCUGUGCGCAGUUUUCAUGUGAUCCCAGUGCAUGCGUGGGUUCUCUCCGGGUACUUCAGCUUUCUACCACCACCAAAAAAAUGCUCAGUAGGUUAACUGGUGACUCUAAAUUGGCCAUAGGUGUGAAUGUGAGCGUACCUGGUUGUCUGCCUCUGUGUCUCCUGUGAUAUACUGGUGACCAGUCCAGGGUGUACUCCGCCUCUCGCCCAAUGAUAGCGGGGAUAGGCUCCAGCCCCCCACAAUCCCCAAGAGAUAAGCGGUAUAGAAAUUGGAUGGUUGGAAUUU